AUGUUUAAUAGUUACCCUUUAACGUCAGGAAAGAGCAAUGGAAGGUCAACAUUAUUGGUGACGCUGGUAAUCACCCUUUGUUUCCUAUCGUUAUUGGGAGGAGUUUUUGGGGAAGAGAAAUCGUUGCUUACAGAACCAAGGAAAGAAGAACUGAUCACGAUAGAUUCUGAUUCAGAGAAUUCGCCAUAUAAGAAAGAAAAUAAUGAACUUCAACGAGAUCCCAUUCCGAGCGCCUCGAUUCAAAUUCUAACUAAAACAGUGACGAUUCGCGAGACUCUUACAGUCUCAAGUACUAAUAAAAACAAUGACAACAAUCAUAAUCCACAUCCUCCUUCUCCUACGAUUUCCGACUACAACCAACCUACCACUUAUUCUGCUAGUAGUAGUCCAUCACUGGAUGCGGGAUCAUUAGAAUCCACCAGCGAAAAUAAUCUUCAUCUAAUCAUUAACCCAAUUAAAUAUACUUUUUCGUUAUUCUACCACACUAUUAUCCUUCUCUUUAAACUCAUCCAUUAUAUUCUGAUUCCGGCGAUAACAGUACUUAAGGGGUUGUACACGAUCUUUAUCUGGAAACCUUUUACCCUUAUUCGAUAUAUGAUCUCUAUAUUUUAUCCCAUAUACUGCUUUUGUUUCUUUGCAGCCGUAUUCGGAUUCUUCGUCGGCGGAACUGCUGGGUGUUUUUCUGAAAUAAUUGUAGGAAUUUUGACUGAUUCCUCGUCGGAAAAGUUAUCGACAACAGCAUCAGUUCACAAUGGUAUGACUGGUCAAGAACCGCCACGAGUAAGUGAAUAUGGAUAUGGGGGAGAAGGCGGCAGUCGAUACAUGUCAUACUUUGAACAAGAACAACUGAGACGACAAGUAAAGGCUAAAAGAAGAGCUGCGGCAUUAGCGAAUUUAAGAGCGAGGAAUGGCGGAAAACUUCCAGAGGAAUUUUAUGAACGUCUUGCCACAAGUUCAUCCCAAUUGCAUUUACGAUUGUUACAACAACAACGAUUAGAAGAUGAAAGAAGUUCGAGACCAUCAAGUGCUAUGAGUAAUUAUAGUGAAAGUAGUGGAGUUAAUUCCCCACAUAGAUUCGCUUCAAUGCAACAACGUACUUACGUGAGUUCGGGUCAUGGUGAUUGA